UGUCCCAGGACCAAGACGCGUGAGGGCCGCCAUGGAGCCGGAGCAGAAGCUGGAGGGCCAGACGCAGGUGGCAGAGAAUCCCCACGCCGAGUACGGCCUCACCGACAGCAUGGAGAGGAUAGUGGAAAAUGAGAAGAUUAAUGCAGAAAAGUCAUCAAAACAGAAGGUGGAUCUCCAGUCUUUGCCCACUCGCGCCUACCUGGAUCAGACAGUUGUGCCUAUCCUACAGGGCCUUGCUGUGCUUGCAAAGGAAAGACCACCAAAUCCCAUUGAAUUUCUAGCAUCUUAUCUUUUAAAAAACAAGGCACAGUUUGAAGAUCGAAACUGAUUAAUUGGGAAGAACAGAAAAAUUUGGUUGCUACUGUAGAUUUACAUGAUUAAGAGGCAGCUUUAAUUGCCAUGAUUAUCCCUCUUUUUUUGGAAAUGUAAGAACCUUCAGGACAGCAGAAC